AUGAACGGCUACACUGUUGCAACUAAUACUUUGCUCAUGCCCAACGUCCCGGCUAUCUUCUUCCAAAACCCUACAGUUAUCAGCACCAUUCGCCAGCACUUUGAAUCGUUUGGCGAUUUGUAUACCUUUGUCGUCAUUAAGGGAUUCCGCCGACUCAUGAUUGUCUACAAUGAGACCACCAGUGCUGUAAAGGCUCGCGACUUUUUGGAUAGGCGGAUGCUUUCUUGGACCACCGUUGACCAUAGUGUUGUGGAGGACUUGUCACUUGAUUACAUUUCGAGCAUGGGUUGCCAAGCGCAACAACAACAACAACAACAGCCACCCUCAUCACCGUUGCCAGGACGACGUUAUGAGGAUAUGAUUGUUCGGCUAUACUUUGGACAACAUAAUCCAAUCAAUCCCGAUCCGCGAUUGUUCCAGCUUCAGGUGCCACAAAGCGAAAAGAACUUUCUGAUCUCACCUCCAGGAUCGCCCUUUGCAGAUUGGAAACAGAAAACUGAAUCACCACCCAACACAGCUGUGCUUGCUUCGGACCUGACUUUUCAUCAUCAUUCGGAUGUUGUAGAUGAUGAUUUGGAAAACUUCCGCCUCGAAAGCCCCAUGUCCAGUGACGAUGAAAUGGAAGAUGUCAAUGCUACCACAACCCCCACUACACCCGGCAAACGAUCUUCGUUGAUGGUGAUUGGAUGUUCAGGCGAUGCUGAUAACCAAGUUCCUAUGAUCACAGUACAAGAUUGGGAUGGUGAUGCUGUAACUACAAGCACCGGAUCCAUGCUUCAAGGUACAACAACAUCAAGGCCACCUGCUAGUGCAUUUCCCAAAGCCAAAGUCGUACCCACUGCUCGACCGCCUGUCAAGAUAUAA